CACUUUCGGUAAAAGCAACUUGAGCCGCGAUGUUUGCCGUGAAUGGGCCAAGCGGGCCGACGACGCGCAAUGAACGCCGCGUGAAGAGCGAUCGACAACGAGAGGAAGAGGAGGAGACCAGGAGACGCUGGGCUGCGAAGAAAUGCGAGCAGUUUUUUCUCGAGAACCGUGCGCAGGCUGAUAGCAUGAUGCAUGAUAGAAAGGAACCGAAGAUCCGUGCAGCUCAGUCCGAUAUUUUCAAGGGCUGCCGAAUUGUGUUCAAUGGACGUACAGGCAAAGUAUCUUCAUAUUACUUGGCGAAAUUGGUUCAGGAGCACGGUGGCAACGUUGCUUCAACGCUGACCUCCACGCGCGUCACACACAUGGUCGGCUCCAACUUGAACGGGUCCAAGGCAGAUAAAGUGCUGAAGGUAAGCCGCGAGUUGAGGCUUUUACUAGAUCUAAUAAUGAACAUUUCUUGCUGAAAAAAAAAAAAAACAAUAACAACAACAGAGCAGUGGCAAGGUCAAGUUCGUAAGCCCGGGAUGGAUCCUGCAGUCUAUCAAGAAUAAAAAGCGGCAGCCCGAAUUUGAAUUCCUAGUCUACAAGGACUCCCACGCUGCAGGCUCGCUCCGUGCUGCAUUUUCCCGAUCAGUUCCGUCAUCGAAAUGAACGAGUUUGCAGCACAGGGGAAUUCAACAUUUCAAGCGACACAGAGAGUGCAACGCAACACCAACUUGUAAAAAAGAGAAAGAAUAUACCAUGUAUAGGGUCACAACUAACCAAAGUAGCAUUCGUUGUCGCUCCUUUCAAGCCAAAAACGAGAACGAAAGACCUAGGAGAGGAGCGCAGCGAAACCUAAUUCUCCUUUCC